CGCAAUGCGCGAAGGCGGCGUGGGCGGGGCCAGGCAGGCCGCCGACUUGGGGCUUUAAAGUCCGAGACAGGCCCGCUGGGCCAGAUGCUCGGACCUCGGCGACCUCUGGGGAGCUGCGUGUGCGGAGUGCGCCUGCGCAGCUGCGGCCGCCCAGGUUUCUGAACCAUGAAUCUCCCACUCUUCCUGGCUGCCCUUUGCUUGGGAAUAGCCUCAGCUAUUCCAAAAUUUGAUCAAAACUUAGAUACACAGUGGUACCAGUGGAAGGCCACACACAAGAGACUAUAUGGCAUGAAUGAAGAAGGAUGGAGGCGAGCGGUGUGGGAGAAGAACAUGAGGAUGAUCGAGCAGCACAAUGGGGAGUACAGCCAGGGGAAGCAUGGUUUCACCAUGGCCAUGAAUGCCUUCGGGGACAUGACCAAUGAAGAAUUCAAACAGCUGAAGAAUGGCUUUAAAAUCCAGAAGUACCGGCGCCAGGGGAAAGUGUUUCGGGAACCUCUGCUGUUUGGGAGCCCCAAAUCUGUGGAUUGGAGAGAAAAGGGCUACGUGACUCCCGUGAAGAACCAGGGUCAGUGUGGUUCCUGUUGGGCAUUUAGCGCAACUGGAUCCCUGGAAGGACAGAUGUUCCGGAAAACUGGCAAACUUAUCUCGCUGAGUGAGCAGAACCUUGUUGACUGCUCUCGGCCUCAAGGCAAUUUGGGCUGUGAUGGCGGGCUGAUGGAUAAUGCCUUCCAGUACAUCAAGGACAACGGAGGCCUGGACUCAGAGGAUUCCUAUCCUUACGAAGCACAGGAUGAAACCUGUAAGUACAAGCCUGAGUUUGCAGUUGCUAAUGACACUGGAUUUGUGGACAUCCCUCCGCGGGAGAAAGCCCUCAUGAGCGCAGUGGCCACGGUGGGGCCCAUCUCUGUGGCUAUUGACGCCGGACACGCAUCCUUCCAGUUCUACAAAUCAGGAGUUUAUUAUGAUCCAGAAUGCAGCAGCAAAGACCUAGAUCAUGGUGUUCUGGUGGUUGGCUACGGUGUUGAAGCAAAUUCAAAUAAGAAAUUUUGGCUUGUCAAGAACAGCUGGGGUUCAGAAUGGGGUGCAGAUGGCUAUGUCAAAAUGGCCAAAGACAAGAACAACCACUGUGGAAUUGCCACCGCAGCCAGCUAUCCCACUGUGUGAGCCGACGACGGACGGACGGGGACAGUGGAGGACUUGCGGACAGCAUGUCCAAAGGCACUCUCUCUCAAAACUGACCAAACCUUUAAUGUAUAAAACAAUACUUGAAUCAUUGAGGAUCCAAGUUGUGAUUUGAAUUCUGUGACAUUUUCACAAGGGUAAAAUGUUACCACUACUUUCACUACUGUUAUAAACUGCUUCAUGAUAUUGAAGACUCAUUGUUUAAUUCUAAGACUUUUGAAUUUUCAUUUUUUAAAAUGUGUAAAGCUUUCUUUACAGAAUAAAUUUUAGUUCAGUAUAUA